GAGCGAUGGCGGCCGAGAGCCGGGAAGAGAAAGAUGGUGAAUUGAAUGUUCUGGAUGACAUCUUGACUGAUGCACCUGAUCAUGACGAUGAGCUGUACAACCCUGAUAGCGAACAAGAUAAAAGUGAGAAAAAGGGAUCUAAAAGGAAAAGUGAAAGGAUGGAAUCAGUGGAGAGCAAGAAACCGAAGCCUGCCGUACAUCCUUCGAGGCAGAUGUUGCCCAAACCUCCAAGCUCCUCCGUUGGCAGCCACAAGAGAAUAGUGAGCACGAAAGGAAAGCCGGCACUGGAAUACAAGAGUGAGGAAUAUCAGAGGUCUGACAGGAGCAAGCGGCCAGAAGGGGACAGGAAGGCCCGUAUGACAAGUAGCAGCUCACGGGACCCCUAUAAAGGGCAACCAGAUAAGGCGGGUGUCAGGAAGAGGGAGCCUGAAAGAAGGGCAAAGUCAGCCACUCCGGACACCUGUGAGUGUCCUUUUCCCACACAGCAGAGACUUAGGCACGACGCGGACGGGCGGCCAAGCAGGUCCAGCCACUCUUCCAAGGAAGAGCUCAAUUCUGAGGAAUACGGCUCGGAUCAUGAAACGGGCAGCAGCGGCUCCUCUGACCCAGGGAAUACGGAGGAGGAGGAGGAGGGGAUGGAGGAGGAGGAAGAUGAUGAUGAUGAAGAGGAAGAAGUGGAAGAAGAUGGAGACGAUGACGAAGAGGAUUACGAUCAAGACGAGAGGGAUCAGAAGGAGGGAAAUGACUAUGACACGCGAAGUGAAGCCAGUGAUUCUGAUUCUGAGUCGGCGUCCUUUACUGAUGGGUCAGUCAGAUCUGGCUCCGGCACAGACAUAUCAGAUGAAAAAAAGAAGGAAAGGAAAAGGGCCAGAGGCAUCUCUCCGAUUGUUUUUGAUAGAAGUGGCAGCUCUGCAUCAGAGUCAUAUGCAGGUUCAGAAAAGAAGCAUGAGAAAUUAUCAUCUUCCGUUCGUGCUGUCCAAAAAGACCAAACUAGCAAACUUAAAUACAUUCUCCAAGAUGCAAGGUUUUUUGUUAUCAAAAGUAACAACCAUGAAAAUGUCUCCCUGGCCAAAGCAAAGGGCGUCUGGUCGACCCUCCCUGUCAAUGAGAAGAAGCUCAACACUGCCUUCCGAUCAGCCAGGAGCGUCAUCUUGAUAUUUUCUGUGAGAGAGAGUGGAAAAUUCCAAGGGUUUGCGAGGCUCGCUUCUGAAUCGCAUCAUGGAGGAUCCCCCAUCCAUUGGGUCCUGCCUGCAGGGAUGAGUGCAAAAAUGCUCGGAGGCGUGUUUAAAAUAGAUUGGAUUUGCAGGCGUGAGUUGCCCUUCACUAAGUCUGCUCACCUGACGAAUCCUUGGAACGAACAUAAGCCAGUCAAGAUUGGACGUGAUGGGCAGGAAAUUGAGCCUGAAAUUGGAAACCAGCUUUGUCUUCUAUUCCCUCCCGAUGAAAGUAUUGACUUGUAUCAAGUCAUUCAUAAAUUGCGGCACAAGAGAAGAAUGCACUCUCAACCCCGGUCAAGAGGACGGCUGUCGCGUCGAGAGCCAGUCCGGGACGUGGGAAGGCGUCGACCAGAGGAUUAUGAUAUUCAUAACAGCAGAAAGAAACCAAGGAUUGAUUAUCCUCCUGAGUUUCACCAAAGACCAGGGUAUUUAAAGGACCCCAGGUACCAAGAAGUAGACAGACGAUUUUCAGGAGUCCGGAGGGAUGUCUUUUUAAAUGGGUCUUACAAUGAUUAUGUGAGGGAGUUCCACAACAUGGGGCCACCGCCACCCUGGCAAGGAAUGCCUCCCUACCCAGGUAUGGAGCAGCCUCCCCAUCAUCCGUACUACCAACACCAUGCUCCUCCGCCCCAAGCUCACCCUCCUUACUCCGGGCACCAUCCCAUACCACAUGAUGCACGAUAUCGCGAUAAGCGAGUGCAUGACUAUGACAUGAGGGUUGAUGACUUUCUACGUCGGACGCAAGCCGUAGUUAGUGGCCGGAGAAGCAGGCCCCGCGAGCGUGAGCGAGAUCGCGAGCGGGACCGUCCUCGCGACACCCGGAGGGAGCGAGAGCGGGGCCGAGACAGGGAGAGGGAGCGCGAGCGGAUAUGCGACCGGGACAGAGACCGAGGAGGAGAGCGAGGAAGAUACAGAAGAUAAUGUGCCGGGGGAC